AUGGAUAUUUCAACAAGGAAAAUCACCUUUACUUUCCGAUUCAAAAGUCCCGACAUAAGCUCAUUGAAGCUCCCCGGCUCAAAAGUAACAACCCUCAUGGACAACAAGUUUAGAGCCAGUUUUGGAAACAUCAUAGAUCUUCUGACCGAGAAAGUUGAUUAUGGUGUUAUCACUAUAAUGGACCAAUACUAUGACGUCCCCUUAAUAUGCUUCACUUUCCCCGACUUUCAAAUCUCUCCAACCUUGGAAGACCUCGAGAGACUCCUCAACCGAUCAAUCAAAGAAUACAAUCCGUUUCCCAAAUUGGUAGAAGGUUUCUGCUUGACCGAGCUCUCACUCGCCUUGGGUAUCAAUUCCAGCAAACUAGUGGCUAAUUGGGGCAUUAAAGGACCCAUCAAGGGUUUAACCCAAAAGUUCCUUGAAGCCUAUGCCUGGGAGAUGUUAAAGGAAGGAAUACCCAACUUUUUUAGUGCAACCUUGUCACUAUUUAUUCAUGGAAUUGUUCUCUUCCCAAACAUAGACAAGUUUGUGAAUCACUUGGCAGUUAAAGUCUUUCUAACAAAUAAUUCAGUGUCGUUUCUACUUGUUGACUUCUAUCAUACCUUUCAUACAAGGCAUGAGAAGAAGGGAUAUAGUUUUCUCUAUUGUGCUCCUCUUUUGCAUCUAUUAAUGAGGGACCGCAUCCCUCAACAUGGACCUUUUGCUCAAAGCACUUUGACAUGGCCUCAAAAGUUCGCAUCUCUCUCUGCCAAUUCAAUCCCGUGGUACAAGAGAGAAUGGGAUACAAAAGAAGUCAUUGCAAGAUGUGAAGGGUUCCCAAAUGUAGCCUUAAUUGGAACGCAGGGUUGCAUCAACUACAACCCUACUAUACUCAAAAUAGAAUUGGGGUAUGCCAUAUUGAGUCCUCCCGAGGAAAGAGACUUCAUUCCUUUCGUUGUAAAUACCGUGGAUCCACUCAAUUCAAAUAUGAAGAGAGUGCAAAAAGCAUGGAUAAACAUAGUCUGUAUUGACCAAGAAUGGGGUAAGAAGAACAUCCUAGCCAAGGAACCCUACUUUGUGUGGGUAAAAGAGAGGGCUAGGGUUGUUAAGAUAUCGUUUCUAUUUUACCCUUCUUCAUUCCCGUUGAUGCCCGAGCCUAGCCUAUCCUACAAGAGGACAUUGACAAGCUUACCUGCCAAAUCAAAGAGCUUAAGUUGGAGAAUAAUCAAUUACGAGUCCAACUCAAUCGUGCCAAGGAACGUAACCAUGUCUUGGAAGAUAAGGGUAAACAAGUUUAUGAAAAGUUCGAGGAUAACAAGAAGAAGCUCUGAAUAG